AAAACCCUAAAAUUAAUACUGUGCGCUGGGAAAAAUGUUCAGAGUAUAGUUCUAAUUACCUCGACAAUACAUUAUAGAGAAAUUACGCAUUAUCCUUCACCAAGCGCAUAUGAUGCAAAUUUAUGCUGACGUCAGAAACUCUAGUGGUGUCGACCUGUUAAAACUGUUUUUCUAUCUACAGGUUAUUGCGAAAUCAAGCCAUCAACUUUCAAAAUACAUUUCUCCAAUAAAAAUGAGUACAUCCAAAUCUGUGCUGAUAAUUCUAAUAUUUGAUUUUAUCUAUCUUUGUUCAGGAACAGAUGAUGAAACGUAUAUGUGCUACUUGGAUAGCCAGUGCCCAGAUUCAGGUUACUAUUGUUGUAUUGGUACAACUUAUUGUUGUAAGCUUGGUACUCAGUGUUCAUGGUUCAACAAAUGUAUCAUUCCGAGGAAAGAAGACACGCUAUACAUUGACCCAGAACGAAAAACGAAUAUUAAUCUUUGGGCAGUAAUUGGACCUAUCAUCGGAGGUGUUGUCUUUUUCAUUAUCUGUAUAGCGGUCUGUCUCAAUUGCCGAAAGAGUCAGGAUCCGUCACCAGCAGGUGUUUACGGACAGCAGCAACAACAAGGAGUUGUAAUCGGACAACAAACGUAUGGACAACCUCAGGCUUACGGACAACAAGUAUAUAGCCAGUCUUGGGCUUACGGACAACCUCAGAAUUACGGUCAAGGUUACGGACAACCUCAGAAUUACGGCCAAGGUUACGGACAACCUCAGAAUUACGGCCAAGGUUACGGACAGCCUCAGAUAAGUGAAAAGGGACAUCAUUCACCACAAGAGGCAACGGACAACAGAGUAUUAGACACUAGACUGUAAAACAACAUUUGUAUUUAUACAAAUAUUUCCCAUUUACGAGAGGCGUUCAAUAAAUAAUGUCAUUGGAGCUCGGAAAGAAACAUAAAAACGGUUUUCUAUGAUCUAGUCUGAGUGAUUUUUAAAACUAAAAUAUUCUCUUUGAAUUAAAACACAGGUCUGAAACAUUUUUGUUUAAUUUCUAAUUGUUUUUAGAACACAUUUUUGAGUAUGACCAAUGAAGUUCGUAUACUGGAAUAUGGCAGAUCCUAUGAUUUGCUGUACUUGCUUUUUUUUUCUUUCUGAUAGGUGUUUAUCAAGUUUGGGAAAUGAAACAAGUCAAAAGUUGAAAGAUCUUACAAAUUUUUUUGGUGUGAUAAAACAAUAACUUUUUGUUUAUCCCCAAAACUCCUUUACGCUUCAUGGCCUGUAGGUUUCGACGCUGUCAUGAAGAAAUCUAAUGUAGUGAAUUCCUCAUUCUGUUUCCUUCAUUUCAUAAACCUUUUAUUGAUUUGCAAAAAAAAAAAAAAAUCUAUAGCUCUUGCAAUUUCUUGCUUUUUUAGCAUUAGCAGUCUUGUUACAUGUAACUGCAUCUUAUUGUAAAUUUGUUUUGAGGGUUUAAAGCAAAAUGGAGUUUCAUUAUCUGUUUGAAUUUCAGACAAACGUGGUUAAGUACAUUUUUUUUUAAAAUAACUGUUCACAUAUUCCUACCCUCUGUUGUUUUCACUCAUUUUACUUUUUUACUUUCAAAUAUUUCUUUACAACAGUGUUGUACCCCAAAACGAUUUCUAUCAAUUUUGCUAAGUGUCUGAAAGUCAAUAAAACAUAAAACAAUGAGACAUAAUCAGUGAUAAUUUGUUGAAUUUUUGUAAAUAUACGCUUGUUGCCAAGGACGAUACCCAUUUUUGAUGCCUAUUACUUAUAUUUAACCUUUGUUUAUUGAAAUCCACCUGUUCACGUGUCUAUGAAACAGACAUUGGUUGCUGUAAAUUUGCACAUAUUUCAGUUAAGACAUUUUUAGGAUAUUUACAGGUUUUACAACUGAUUUAAUGAAGCCUUUAAUUUCUCUCUACUUUACUGAUUCUUGACCAUUCAUUUAUAAUGCAGUGUCUCGAGUAGCCCUUGUUUUUCAGCUUCCCACAAUGAAAGUACGUGAUGAAAAGUGGUCACAUAAACUGUUAUCAAUUCAUUAAAGAUUCAAUAAUGAGGACAAAGCCAAGCUUUAUGUCAUAUGAUUUCUAAGUUGUAUGUCAUCGAGCUAAUGACAUUAUUUAUUGAAAGCCUCUCGCAUAUUGAAAAUUUGCAUCUUGAAAAUCGUGGUACAUAUAAGUAAAGUUAGACACGAACACAUCAUUAAUUAAUGUAUUCUUUGCUUCCAAUCAAACGACCUUUAACGAUCAACGUUGAUUUAGAACAAUUUUCAUUUAUAAUUCAUUAUAAUAGUAUUUUAUCACAUUUUUUCACUCACGGUGCCAAAGCAACAUAAUGUACUCAAUUGUGUGUAAGAUCUCUGUAUAUGAUGUCCAAAAUGGGCAUUUAUUUAUAUGGUGCUUGUUUAGAUUUAUGUAAUUACCCCACCUGAAAUGUAAUUUCAAGUGAACUUUUCUAAUCACCCUGUGCCUGGCGUCUGUGCGUUUGUUUAGAUGUCAGUCCGUCCAUUUGUAAAGUUUUGACAUCAAAUUCUACUCCAGAACCAUUGUGCCAAAUCUAACUAAAGUUGGCACUAACUCUGAUCCAGAAAGUAUGAAACUGAUGUGGAAACAUCCUGUGAUUCUGUUCAAAUUAAAUUGCUGAAUUAUGGCCCCAGGGGAUUGGAUGAGGACACAAUAGGGAGUCAAAAUUGAAACGUUUAAAUAUGUAGGGAAAAUCUUUUUUAAAAAUUCUUCUUCAGAACCAUUAGGUUAGAAAAGAUGAAACUUAUUCGGAAGCAUAAUGGGCUGCUGUAGAUUCAAAGUUUUGAAAUCAUGGCCCAAGGGGUAAGGUUGCGUCACAAGAGGGAAAACCUGGUGAAGAAUGGCAGGUCCAAAGUUACCUAGGUGAGCGUUGUGGCCCACCGACCUCUUGUUUCCUUGACACCCUUCCUGAAAACAUUUUUCUCUAUAUCAUUUCAUGCAUGUAUGAUGUUGUAUAUCUUUCAUCUGCAUCUGAGGAUUUUUUCGCAAAAAGGUGAAGUUUCAAUG